AUGAACAAAGGCAAGCUCCGUCGUUGGAAUGGGUUUUUCAUGGCAGUCCCCCGUUGCCUAGUGGAGGCUCAAGCCCAGGAAAAUGGCGACCGGAUUUGUAUCGAGUCCUGGGAUGGGAGUCUGACUUACAGUGAGUUGAACCAGUAUUCAGACUUACUUUGCUGGCGUCUGCGGUCAGAAGGCGUACAGUCUGGCGAUUUCAUUCCAUUUUGCAUGGAAAAGUCCAUGUGUGCAAUUGUUGGGAUUCUGGGAAUCUUGAAGGCUGGGGCGGCAUGCUCUCCUUUGGACCCUUCGUACCCAUCACACAUGUUGGAUGUUGCCGUCAAAUCGUGUGCCUCCAACGUUGUGGUAGUAUCAACGACUCAGGCCUCUCGAUUUUCCUCUUCCAAAGCCAUCAUCGUUAGUAUUGGCACCUUGGAUGUUAUUCAAAACCCUACAGAGGCUCAGAAUAUACAUGUCCGAUCUUCUGAUGUUGCGUUUUUGAUGUGGACGUCUGGAAGCACAGGAAAUCCGAAAGGUGUUCUGCUCAACCACAGUGCCUUAUCCCUCAGCACCAAGGCUUACGCAGCGGCAAAUGGCUUCACCAGCACCACACGUACAUUUCAAUUCACUUCUUUUACCUUUACCGCGAGUUUAUGUGAUAUCUUUGGGACAUUCGCGAAUGGGGCAUGCCUUUGUUUGCCUUCAGAAUCUCAAAGGCUGGACGAAUUGGAGGCCUCCAUCAAACUCUUUCGUGCUAAUUUCGCCUGGCUCACGACAACCUCUCUUUCAGGAAUAUCUCCUGAAAAUGUCCCGGACCUGAGCGCAGUUACAGUUGGUGGUGAGACUCUAUCUACAGAUAAGCUGGUUCAGUGGUCGCAAUCGCGCAGAUUGAACAUCUCCUACGGCACCACAGAGACAACUGGCUGGUGCUUAUUGAACCCCGGAUUGAACUCCAGGAGCAAUGUGCGCGUUCUGGGAAAGCCUAUUCUCCCCUGUGCCUUCAUCUGCGACAAGGACAACCAUGACCGUCCAGUCCCUGUCGGCGUUGUUGGCGAGCUGGUGAUAGGCGGGCCAUUCCUUUCUCUUGGCUAUUUUAAGGAUGAAGAACACACGAAGGCGGCUUUCAUUCCGUCGCCUACAUGGCAAGAGAGUUUAAAUUCGUCUUAUACUGGAACUUGGUACAAAACGAAUGAUCUUGUACGCUACAACUCGGACGGAGCCAUUUGUUUCGUUGGCAGAAAACAGGCACACGAAAAGAUCCGUGGGCAACGCGUCGACCUCGAGUAUAUCGAACAUCAUACAAAGAAGGCGUUUCGCACAUGUGACGACGUCAUUGUCGAGGUUGUUCGGCCAAAUAAUGCACAUCAGUCACCCAUCCUCGUGGCCUUUGUCGUCUUGCCACAUACGCCACGGUUGAAUAAUGGAUUAUCACAGAAUAUGAUUGCCUCUGCAGAUGAUGCCUUUCGGGAACGGGUAGCCGACACUUUGCAAAAGCUCUCUGCUUCUAUUCCAAGCUACAUGGUGCCACGCGCGUUCCUUUGCCUCCAUUUUGUGCCACUUACAAGAACAAACAAGACCAAUCGGCGCCAGCUUCGAGAGCAGGCGGCUUCGAUGCCGCGACAUGAGCUGUUGGGAAUUGACGCUCAAUGUUCCAAUUCAAACCCAUCAGCACCAGAGGACAUCUUAAUCAUGCAGCAGCUAUGGUCCAACGUCUUGGGCCUACCCACAACUGUCAUCGGAUUAGACGACAAUUUCUUCCAUCUGAGUGGAGAUUCGGCCAAGGCAAUACAAUUGGUCUCGCUGGCCCGACGUGAAGGCAUCGUCGUACAAGUCCAGAACAUCUUCCAAUUUCCAAACUUGUCGGCUUUGGUCCAAUAUAGCGGUGGGAAGACAAAUCGGAUUGCCCAACCCGAAUCUGACGGAGCAGACCUAUCCGGAAUAAGCCUCCUGGAUGAAUGCAAACUUGAAGCUGCUAGGCAAUGCCAUGUGUCACCAGGCGAUGUUGAGGACGUGUAUCCCUGCACCGCUCUGCAGCAGGGUCUGAUGAGUCUGAGCCUCCGGCGGCCAGGCUCGUAUGUGAGCGAGAUGGUAUACGAUAUAUCGCCUGAAAUCGACCUAGAGAGAUUCAAGGAUGCGUGGUCAAGGGUCACAGAGUCUAUUCCCGUCCUGCGAACCCGGUUUGCAUAUCUUGGGGACCACGGAACAUGUCAAAUUGUAUUGAAAGAGUCUAUAUCGUGGAUCAGUUUUACCGGCCAGCCUGGAGAAAUUUCUGGACGCCUUAGAAAGGAAAUGUCUCUGGGUUCACGGCUGGUUCACUUUGUGGUUCUCUUGGGGGACCAACCAACACAACGACGAUUACUUGUAAUGAUUCACCACUCAUUGUUUGACCGCUGGUCUGCCGCAUGCUUGCUUCGAGUGUUUGAUGCAUCGUGGCAGCUUAGGUCGCUCAGCAAGCAGGACUUCAAGCCAUUUGUCAAGCACUGUCUCUCUCAGUCUGAUGGAAAGGCCGAUGUCUAUUGGAGGAACUACAUUGGCGACCAAGAUUAUCCUGUAUUUCCCAGACUGCCAAGUGAUAAUUACUUCCCAUAUGCAAACUUGACAAUACGCAAGCGCAUUUUGUUGCCGGGAGAACUGGCGAGUCGACACACACUGGCAACCAAGAUUCGCCUCGCCUUGGCUCUUGUGAUUUACCGCUUGACGGGGAGUUCUAACGUUUUGUUUGGAACUGUGUCAAAUGGCCGCAGUGCCCCCGUCGAGGACAUCGACUGGUUAAUUGGAGCAACCCUUGCAACGACACCCUUUCGGGUAACUAUAGACCCCAACUCAAGUGUCGAUGAUGCCCUGGAGAUGGUGCAAAAUCAGGCCGUGGAAAUGCUAUCACAUGAGCAGAGGGGUCUGCAAAACAUCUCUCGAUUAUCACAGAGUUGUAACAAGGCGUGCGAGUUCCAGACCUUACUCGUUGUGCAUUCCCCAAACAUGGAUCCCAGACUCAAGCCGUUCACCACCGAACAAGGACAACCGGAUUUCUAUUCCUAUGGACUCAAUCUCUCGUGCGAAAUCAUCAAUAACAAACAGGUUGUGGUCGAAUCGUACUUUGAUAACAAUAUGAUUGGGCAACAACAGGUGACCCUCAUUUUGAGUCAGCUGGAUCAUACCUUGCAGGAGUUGCAUCAAAAGGGAUCGACUAAGCUAAAUGAGUUGAAUCGACUGAGUAAGCACGACUGCGAACUUCUGCAGCAGUGGACAAAAGAUCCUGGAACUAACGCCAGCUGCAUUCAAGGCGUAAUCGAACAGAAUUGUAUCAAGAGUCCCGACAAGGAGGCAGUCCGCUCUUGGGACGGGGUAAUGACAUACUCGGAGCUGGACGCAUAUGCCAAUCAGUUUGUUGGUCACUUGCUCAGGCAUGGCAUGGCACCUGGACAGUUCGUGCCCUUGCUCUUUGAGAAGUCAAAGUGGACGGUGGUUGCUAUUCUUGCCGUCAUAAAGUCCGGGGGUGCAUUUGUCUUGAUGGACCCGACUUAUCCGCUCCAGAGACUACAAGACAUAUGCAAGCAAGUCAACGCGCAAUUGGUUCUAGCCUCCUUCAAAUAUGUCGACAAAGCCAAAGAGCUUGCUCAGGUGGUCAUCACAGUGGAUGGCAAUGUUGACGACAUUUCCCAACACACGGUGAAAAGGGAUCUCGCAGAAACCAAGGCAACGGAUAUUUUAUAUGCAGUCUUUACUUCAGGAUCAACUGGGCAGCCCAAGGGAGUUUUGAUUCAUCAUUCAGCUUACUACGCAAGCGCCAUGGCACAAAUAAAAGCGUGGUCAAUGACUUCUGAGUCGAGGGUUCUGCAAUUCUCGUCGUACGCUUUUGAUGCUAGCAUUGCUGAAAUCCUGAGUACUCUCAUAGCUGGUGCAUGCAUAUGCAUCAUGUCUGAUGAUGAAAGGACCAAUGAUCUUGCCGAAGCCGUGGCUAGAUUACAGGCAAAUUUCGCAAUACUGACCCCUUCUGUGGCUCGGUCCUUGCAUCCUGCAGACUACCCCUCACUACAGAGAGUAUUGCUUGUUGGAGAAAAGGUGAGCAAGUUUGAAAUCGAGAAAUGGGCGCCUCAUGUCAAGUUGAUGCAAGGCUAUGGCCCAGCCGAGUGUGCUGUGAGCGCAACCGCCCAGCCUUUGCUAGGCAUUGGCUCCGACCCCAGAGAUAUCGGCUUUCCGGCAGGCUCAUACUGUUGGGUGGUUGACGUAGACGACCCCAACCGGCUAUCGCCAGUCGGAGCCGUGGGAGAACUGCUCAUCGGCGGUCCCAUCGUCGGCAUGGGAUAUAAGGCAGAUGUCGCAAAAACGGAAAGUGCCUUUAUUCAGGCACCGCCGUGGCUUACAGAGUUUGCGUUGCCACAGGAAGGGGAUCAGGUGACGAGCAUCCAGCGACUCUAUAAGACAGGUGAUUUGGUUCAGUACCACCCAAAACUUGACGGCUCAUUGCUAUUCAUCUCCCGCAAGGACACGCAAGCAAAGUUAAGGGGCCAGCGACUAGAGUUGGGCGAGGUUGAGUAUCACCUUAGAGAUGCAGCGGCAUCUAAUGGAUUACAAGACUAUCAAGUUGUAGUUGACAUAGUCAAAACCGGCAGAAACCACACCGAGAUGUUGAUCGUCGCCUUUGCUUUCGGGGAACCUAAGGCGGCCGCGUCUUCAUACUCUCAACAUCCAUCACUCCCGGAAUGCAAGCUUUUACCUCUCUCCGAAAGCCUCACAAGUCAAUUCCUGCACCUGAAGGAAGUAUUGGGAAAACAAGUUCCAUCUUUCAUGGUUCCAAGUCAAUGGUUUCUUCUUGAAAAUAUUCCCAUCACUGCCUCGGGCAAGAUUGAUCGGAACCAAAUCCGGGAAUUCCUCAUAGCACAGCCUGCGGAGAUGUUGAAAAGUUACAUGCUGGACCAGGCUGCUCAUCAGCAAGAAUUUGGAUGCAACCAAACACUUCAGAACUGCCAGUCUGAGCGUUUGACCAAGGACGAGCAAACACUGCGAGCCCUGGUACUAGAUGCAAUUUACCAGGGAAAUAAUGCAUCAGAAUCUCUACAGGCCCCAAUACAAAUGGAACAAGGGUUCAUCACCAACGGGGGCGACUCAGUUGGCACGAUUGCGCUUGUUACAGCGUCUAAGAAACACGGCUUCACUUUCACGGCCAUUGACGUUUUCUCAUGCACUCUAAACGAACUCGCCGGUUUUAAAUAG